CUCCACAAUCGUUCACCUCAUUCUCUCCUUCCUCCGUCUCUUCCACAGACAUUGUCGUCGUCGCCACUUCACCUCCCUCUUCCUGUUCCAUGGCCACUGCCAGUCCCCGCCACGCCCACUGCCCUUGCCGAGACAUGCUACCGUCGCCGCCACCCCCCCCCCCCUCCCGUGCCCCGGCCAUACCGCGCUGCCCACCCUCCCCCCGGCCCCUGCCGCGCCCAUCGUCAUCUUUACUCCGCCAUCGCGAGUUCAGCGACUCUUCCAUGCCGCCCCCUUUCCUCAUCCCUAUUUUUUUCAACUCUGUGAUUUUUUUUCAUAUUCCAUAUCUGGUUUUUUGUUUUAGUAGUAGGAAUCUCUACUUGUAGAGGUUUAUGGGAGUUUUUCCUCCUAAAACACGGUCAAAGGCUUCCUGAUACCACUAGAACUUGGAUUGCUUGACUUGGGGACAAAGAAAGACAUAUUCUCAAAGAUUGCUUGGGCUUAUGCCGGUGGCAAUCGAGUGGCAGUUGGGUCCGCCAUGGGUUUUCUUCUUUCUUGAAUUGCUUGCCAAUAAGUAACUCCUCAUGAGAAAUUCAGCAUGCCUUGAUGGGUUUGGCGCAGCGAGGCUAGCACCAUCACAAGGUUUCCUUGGGUUUCUUCGUGGGUUUGGGAUUAAAAUUCUCUAGUGGAAUCCUCUUGGGAUUUUAUGACGACUUCUUGAAGGCUUCCCGAUUUGGCCUCUUUUAUGGACGAAUCACCUUGAUCUUCUAAUAAUAGUCUCUUUUGAUCCUCCAAUUUGAUCCAUUCGUUGAUCCAAGUUAUCCUAGAAUAUGUUUGACAUUUGAAAAGCACAAAAGAAUACCAAAAAGGCAAAAACUGAUACAAAAACCAUUCUAAAUCUAUUAAAAGCACAUUGAUCACAUAGUCAUGAUUUCUACCUAAAUAUGGAAAAAUGUACUAAAGAUGCAUUGAUAGAAGGGGAAAAAAUAUCAAAUAUGAGAGAAAAACACUAUAAUCCCAGUCUCAUCAAAUAGUGAGGAUUGGUCUAAGGUUCGAUUUCAACUUGGAGAGAUGGAUCACAUUGGUUGAUGGGAAGUGAUGCUGCCUAUCCAAGUUGAAUAAGCUUCCAUCAAAUAUUUCUUUGAUCCUAGUAUUUUUGGUGAAUUUGGUGAAUUUGGGGGCAUUAUACCAUAGGUUAAUGAGACGACAUUCUUCAAGGCACUCAUUGAAUGCUCUGACUUUAGUAAAGUUGAAUGACGCUCCUCCACAUUAGCAACCAUGGGAGUCUUAUACUACUCUACAUUAUCCAUAGUUCGUGACAUAGUUCCCAUAUGUCAUGUUCAGUAGGACUUGCAUAAAUUGCAGUAAUAAUGUAUUGUACUCUUCCUCCCAUCAUACAUUUAAGAUGGAUGAACUAUUUUUUUCUAGUCAAUGAUCUCUAGUUUUAGUUUGCUAUUAUCCCAAAGGACCUACCUCCACUGAAUCCCACGGCCUCUGACACUUCCCAAACAUCAUAUCCAAGAGAUUUGAGAAUUUUGUUUGCCUCCUCUACACUUAUUCUUGGUUCCAGGAUACAAACAACAUUCGGACUAAAACUAGCCUUAUGUAACUCAUAAGUAGUACAAAACUUAGAGUGUUUAGCACCGUUGCGAUUCCAUGAAAAUAUUAACCAUAAGAACGGGUAGUAUUCUUUCCUUGUGAUGACCCUUUGGUUGAAAUUAGCAACAUGUUGCCUUAUGCCUCUCUGAAUUAUUGUCAGUAGCAACAUCCAUUGGUUCUGUUACAUUUUUUGGCAUCGCGAUAGCACCAUCUAGGUUCAUAUCAAACUCUAUCUUACUUGAAUGGCCCAAACCACUUUUUUGGGGUUGGGUAAUCUCUUGGUGUUCUCACUUUCCUCCUCUCCGACUGCUUGCUGCUUCAUUUUGGAUUGAUGGCCUGAUUUGGCCUCAAUCGAUGAGCCUUUACUGGUGCCAUUCCUAGCUGAUUUAGGGGUGGCUUUCCCUCCAGUUUGUAUGCUCUGUCUAACAGCUCCAGUAGGUGAGGGUGCUCGUUAGGUUGAAUUUUUAUCGUAGAGCUUUGCCUCUGGAGUUGCUUUCUGGUUUUUCUUGCGCAUGUGUGUCUUGAGCAUUUGCUUCUGAUCAUUGCUUCAUUUCCAAUAUGAUUUAUUGUUCUCCUCUUCACCUUGUUGAGUUUCUUACUUCGCUUCUCAUCCUUACUUUCGCUCUGUUGUUCCUUAGCAUUACAGUUUUUUAUUGUUGGUGCAUAUGAUCCUCUUUUCCCUCUCCCUUGAUUGGUGCCUCCUCCUCCAUUUCUAGGACGCUAAACCAUGAUUUAGAUGUUCUGGCUUCCUUCUUCAUGAUCACCCCCUUUACUUUGUCUUCCCCUUUUUUUACUCUUCUCUUAAUUGCGCUUUCUUUCCGGUAUUAUUUCAAUAAUCUCGGGUCCAUAAUAUUCAAGAAUUUCAUAUUGGAUUUUUUGGCUUGCUUUAGGAGUACUAGCUUCCUUCAUCAUUUCUUAUGAGCUGAAAAUUCCGUUUGCUUUUGUCUAUCGACAGUUGGCUUCAAAGUUUCUAUAGUGUCCACACUCAAAGCAGAUUGUAUGCAAGCCCUCAUAUUCCACCCUCCUUAAUCUUUUCUUGGUUCAGUACUUAGAGACUAGUCUCUUUCUAAGGUUGAUUUCAACAUAAAUACAUGCAUAGUAUCCCCUGAAUCCAUCUUAUUGUAAUAUAUUUUCUCCACCUUACCUAGCUUAUUUCCAAUUUUUAGGAGAAUGUCUUUAACAAAGUGAGUAAGUGGACGUUGUAGGAAUCUUACCUAAAUAAUAGUCGUAUUGAUGGUGUCAAAAUCAAGGUCGAAGUCUAGCCUCUAAGGUUCUGCAAUGAUAUAGUGGUCUUCAGUCGUACAUGCCCCUCCAUAAAGAGCUCUAUCGUGGUCAAGCUGUGAGCCGAACAUCGCUUGGAAGUACCCAUUCCCAACAUCACAAACCUUCAUCCCUCAUAUAUUUCCCAAAAUUCUAUGAACUCUUCUAUGAAUGAAGGCAGAGGGAAUGAUCAGCCUAGGACUCGGAAGGUGAUCUCCAUCGAUUGAACAUUUUUGUAUUAGUUAUUUUCCUGAUUCGGAUGGUCGAGCAUUCAGGAUAAUCUUCCCCAUCAUCUCCGUCAUAUACAUUCGAUAUUAGGUCAUCUCCUUAUGGAAUUUCAAGCGAUUGGUUAUUCGUGAGGAAGGAGUCUUUGUUGGUAGCUUUACCUGAUUUUGUUCUCAGGCUUGCCUUCAAUGGCGGAGUUGGGGCAUCUUCCCCUGACUGCUCCAUAUUUUUCAUUUCUUCAUCAGUUUCUCUUGUCGUUCCCACGAUGAUCCAUUUUAAACUACCUCAAUAAACAUGUGUUGGAUCUUACUUUUGCUUUCUUACUUGUUUGUGCUGGUGAGGAUGAUGAGGAUCCAUCUGGCAGUUUCAAACAGUGGUCGGCCCCCGUCUCUGGGGGCUGGCUACUAACCGUCAUCAACGGUAAGAAAAACCUUAUGGGACAGUAGGAGCGAGAAGAGAUUUUUUUCUCUCUAUUCUCUCUCUGUGAAUAAUUCUUCUGAAUGAAGCUUUCCAUAUCAACCUCUAUUGCCCCCAUGUUCAGUGCAACUUUAGCGAAUAUUAUUCUUUUAUUUUCCUUAAUCAGAAAGCCCAAUUCUCAUAGUAUUGUAACAUAUAUAACAAUAAACCAUAAGACUUUGGUCAACAAUUCUACCAACAACCCUCUCACAUACACACACUCUCUCUCUCUUUGUUUCGCUCUACGCCAGUAUGUAGAUUUGGCAUAAUCAAUUCCUUUUGAAUGGAUUAAUUAAUUACCCCUAAUUUAAUCAUUAGCGAGUUGCAAAUUCAGGCUCUCCUCUUUGGCUUCACACAUAUAAUUUCCCUUCUUGUCAUCAGAGUUUGUUCUUCACUUUGAGAAACCCAUACUCAACGAAGAUUUGUGGGUUCCGUACUUGCUAGAGUAGAAUCCUUCAACAACGAUGUCAGAUGUGGUCAGAGCCACAUUAAUAGCGUCGGAUUGGCCGCCCUUUGAUGCUAAUUGCAUGAUUUUCUUGGACGAAAGAGAUAUAUCCAGUGAGUAAUCUUCAUCGAUGAUAUGGGUGGUCAAAGAUAGAGAGAAAGAGUGGUGCGUUUAUUAUAACAUUUGAGAAGAUGAUAAUAUUUUUCAUUGGAUUUCCACCAGCUUCUGACAGAAGGUUGUUUAGAGGAAGAGAUCCAUACAAGCUAAGAAAACCAGUUCUCGGGGGAGAAAUCGAAGACGAUUCGAGUUUGGAGCUCGUUGAAGUUGCACUGAAGAGGAUAAUAGAGGUGGAAGAAGAAGGGGACUUGAGAGUUGUAACUUGGUUUUCUUUUACCCUUAUACUAAUUGGUUGGUGUAAAAGUAAAUUAUUUGUUUUAUAACAAAAAUUAAAAGAAAAUUCAAAUUUUUUGGUUUGGUUGGGUUGAGUUUUCAGGCUGAUUAGGCAGUUAAGUUAGUUUGGAUUGGAUUAAAUCUGAGUGACUCAACGUGUGAUUAAUGCUGAAAUGAUAAGAUAGAAAAGAUUCGGAUUGCGAAGACUCGUUUUUUAUAAUAAUUGAAGUGGCCAACCAUGUAAUUUAGUCCUUUUUAAUGCUUUCUUUGUAAUGAUUAUUUGAGCAAUUAAAUUUUGAACUUAAAUUAAAGUCAAGUGGAUCAAUAAUCAUAGAACUUACAAAAAUAAAAUAGAAUAGAAUCAAAUUGAAGAAAAAAACGGAAAAUUGAGGACAAAAAAGCAACCCAUUGGAUCUAGUUCAAUCUGUUUUUCAGUUCGAAAAUCUAAAUGAUAUUGUUUGUAGUGUAAUCCAUAUGGUGGCGUAUUCGGUGCACCCACUUUUUGGGUGCACAACUCUAAAAGUCAUUCUGAGCAUUGGAUUCAUGUCAAAACAGUAUCAAUUGUUGCUUAUGAUAUUAUGAACAAGAAGCACAUGAAUUUGGGGGAAAAAUCAUUCAAAAUUUACUUUAAUUCGAAGGAUUUGGGAUUUAGGUUUAGGUUUACGAUUUGGGAUUUUGGGUUGGGAUUCAAAAUUGAAAGUUAAGGGGUUAGGGUAAUAGAUUGAUUUGUAAUGAGUCUAUGUCAUAUCAUCAUAUUAGAUUGAGAGUACUAAUUAAAGUUCAAAAUUUGAUAUAUUAUGGACAUUUUUAAAGUUGGAUGCACUGAGUGCACACAAAAAAUGAGUGCACUGAGUGCACACAUAUAUGUAUGUAUGUAUGUAUGUAUGUAUGUAUGUAUGUAUAUAUAUAUGGUGACUUCUACGGUGCCCAGAGCAAAAUCCGGGUACGGGUACCUUGGCCAAUCUUAACCAUUCGUUUUCAAUCUCCACGGCUCACGUUUGUUAAACCUUCCUGCGCCACUAAUUAACUAAACAAAUUACAAAAAGGAUCCUGCCGUGUUAAGUUUUUUUUCAUCCUAAUCCAACUAACUGGCCCGAUUAAAUUAAAUGGAUUAAGACUGCAAACCCAAUUGGGUAGACCCACUGCCGCCCUAACCAAUUUCCAGUCUCCCUAACUAAUUACACGAUCCCUCUCUCGUCUUGGAGGGACGCCCCUUCACAGUUCCAAGAGAAGCUCCCCAUCCAAUUUGAACUCCCCAACUUAAUCAUCUUUUUGAAUCCCAAUUACUUGCAUCCACAUUCGACGUAGAUUGAAUUUCCCAAUUUAUUUUGCCUUGUUUCUUCUUUGCCAUUUUAUUUCACCUCGCCUAUCUCUUUCUAACACGAUUACGGCGACCAUGUCUAUUAUUGUGUUCAUCAAACUUUUCAUAUGAAAAAGAACCCUUGAAAGAGGUUUGCUAACCCUAGGGUUCAUGUCGCUAGUGCUUUGUCAUCUUGUCUUAGCGUUAUUGUGAUUUUCUCGAACCUUAUAUCUCUCGGUGAAAUUUAGGUUUCCUGAUAUGUAGUGGUCGUCUCGCCCAGAGGAUUGAGGAAGAAGAUGAAGAACACAUAAUUUGAUUCGAAUCGGAUGGAGAGGUCUCCUUAGUUUGUGUUUAUGUAUUAACGGUGCGUUUAGGAGUAAUUCUAGUUGGACUGGGUCUGAUCAUUGAUUUUUGCAGGCUUUUAAAUAACAUUCAAACGUGGGGUUGUAUAUGACCCAUGCAAUAUUCAAAAGUGGGCCUGGAACGUGCGAGCCCAUUUGUUUUCUCCUGCCGUGUCAAUUCGUGCGCCAACCCUAGUUUAACUAGCUUUACUUACCCUAGUUUAACCUACACGAGUUAACAUCAUCAUUACUACAUAUCUUCCGAAAUCUUCUAACUCUUGACAUUCCAGACUCAACCGUCUCCAUCACACUCACGUCUCCACACUCAACCCCCACGAUCACUUUUUCUUACACCUACAUUCUAUCUUUCCUCCAUCUUCACCUUCCCUUGUUCCUUCUUCCUCCAGACUCCAUGGCAAACAAAGGUAAAUCGUUUGCGAAAAUGGGGAUACUUUCUCUAUCAAACGAAGACUGCCGAUCCAUCGCAAGUCUCGGUGACUAUCUUUCAUUUAAAAGCAAGACAACAAUUGUAAAUGAAGUGAAGAAGUUAAUAAAAAAUAUUGGCUGGGAAAAGUUCUUUGAUAUCCGGAGUCGAGGAAGCACCAGUUACUGCCCGCAUGUGGUGAGGAAGUUAUACCACAAUUUAGAGCUGUCUGGUCCCUGUUAUUCUCAUCUCGUGUCGAUCUUCAUGGGACAUAGAGUCUGCUUCCAGCCUCAUCAGUUUGCUGAGAUCCUCGAUCUUCCCACCGCAGGACACCCCAUCGAUAGCAGAAGCGAUCUUGGGCAGCUGUACGAUUUUGAGUUUGAAGUUGAACUGGCGAAACUGACGAAGGGGCGCAUCCAGACUUCUUUCCUCCCAGAUCCUCUUCGAUUCCUCCACUGGAUGAUCGUCAACUGCUUCACGCCAAGGUACCGUGGUCAUUCAAUUAUUCAUAAACUUGACCUAUUUAUCCUUGUGCAAGCUCAUAGAGGUGUUUCUGUUAACCUCGCAUCUCUCAUGUGCCUGAACAUGGUUGAGGCUGCUCCUAGAGGGGAAAACUGGUACACUGCCUUUCCAUAUGCCACCUUCGUGACCACCUUUCUUGAAAGGGUUGGGAUGGAUAUGGGAGUUUAUGUUAAGGAGGACCAGUGCGCCUAUUUGCCAGUGUACCGUAUCGCCGAAUUGACCAAUACUUUUAUUGACCUUCGGCAUACGGAGCAUGAAGAGACCCCUGAGGCAUCCUCAAGCAAACUUCCUCGGCUUACAUGAGAGUCGAUUGAUGCAGGGAGGGGUGGAGCGUUGGAGCAGCAAAGGGGCCAGCAAUGGAUGUCUUUUGUUAAGAAGUUUACUAAGGCUUUGUUGGUUUUUUUUCAGUCUUUUUCUCCAGCACUCAAAACUGUCAGGUACUGAGAGGAGCCAGUACAUCAUCUGACUAGGAAAGUCUCCCAUUUUUUUAAUUGUCCAGAUAAAUAUUUUUCUAUGCA